AAAAACAAGUGUACGUACCUAAGUAUCUGUGAGUGUGUCAGUAUCUAAAAACACAAUAUCGCAUGGAUUCUCAAGAAACUAUGGUUAAGAAUCUUGUAAUGAAAGUUAAACAGGAAUUGUUUUCACCUGAUUUUGAUCUUGUUUCUCUUGUUCCUCCUUCUCCUUACGACAUUGCGUGGCUGUCAAUGAUUCCGAAUCCUCACCGAGGAUCAGAUGAACCCUUGUUCAAAGGAUGCUUGGACUGGGUGGUCGAACACCAAACCACAGGAGGCUUUUGGGGAGAUGAUGACCACGUUCCAACCAUAGAGUCCCUCACUUCAACUCUUGCUUGCAUUGUUGCACUUGCCACAUGGGAUGUUGGCCAUGAUGCCAUUCAGAAAGGGCUGGCAUUCAUCCAUGCAAGUACAGAGAAGCUACUGGAAGAGCAAAAUAAUUCUUUUCUUGAGUGGUUUGUGAUUGUUUUCCCAGCAAUGGUGGAACUUGCAGAGAGCAAAGGACUGCAUGUUCAUUUUUCUCAUGGUUCAACAGCACUGGUAGAACAAGUCUUCCAAAAGAGACAACAAAUAUUCCAAAUGCAUAGGUUGGUGCAAAGUGGUGGUCAGCAACAGUACUGUUCACUAGAACUCAUGCAAUACCUGGAAGCUUUGCCUGAAGCAUAUGAUAUUAACCUCAAUAAGACUCUACUACUAUGCCAAAGUGAGGAAGAUGAGCUGUUAAUCCAAUCCCCAUCAGCUAUUGCAUAUGCUUUUAUGAAGACAGGACGCAAGGUGUUCUUGUCCAAAUUGAAUUCUAUUGUCAAGAGAUGCGGGUUCUCAGUUCCAGCGAUCUACCCCAUGGAUGAAGACCUUCUAAGGGUUUGUCUUGUUAAUCGGAUUGAGAGGCUGGGACUGGCAGAGCAUUUCAUGGCAGAGAUAACAAGUAUGCUGGGACAAGUGUACAGGUGACGACCUAAUAUUCAUCAUUAAGCAAUAUACGCACACUAUUAAUCUGGUUAAUUAAUUAAUUUUUUUACCCAGAAGUUACAUCAGCUGCGAAGAGCCAAAGAG